AUGUUGCCAUCGAGUACCUCCGUCACAGCGUCGUUUCGUCCGCCGAACCACACAUCAGCCAUUGUGCAACAACGGUCAUCGGUCCUGGCUGCUCGCAUAGCCUCAAAGAAAGCUGAGCUUGAGAACUUGAGGAAACUUCGAGACAUGAGCGGUGUAUUGGCGGCACAGAUGGAAGCUCUUGAGGUCAAGAUCGGGACUCUUAAGGACGGGACCGAAGCUGUUGCGUGUGUUCUUGCGAACUGGGAUAAUGUUUUGCGCGCGAUCAGUAUGGCCUCCGUAAAUCCUGCCGGCCUUGGGGCCACGAGCAAAAGCGUGCCUAAUAACUCGCAACUACCCGCAACCCUUGUGCGGGUUCCCUUCGAAAAUCAUCGUACAUCAGGUGACCCGUGA